UUUAGACUUCGAGGCCCAUCAUCAUUUCCACCUUAAACCCUAAACCCUCUUCUUCUCCGAAUCAAAAAACACAGAAAAGAACUCACUUUCGUUUCUCUUCCAUCAUCAUCGACAAUGUCGACUUCGAUGCUUCGAGAACGUUCCAGAACAGUCUCGAAGCUUCUUCUACACAGUCUCGUGCUGACUCGGCAAAUGGGCGGCGGUCCUCGUACCUUCCCCUGCGGCGUCAGCAAGUGGAAAUGGAAGCGGAUGCACGAGAAGCGAGCCAGAGACAAAGAAAAACGCCUCCUUGAACAAGAAAAGCAGCUCUACCAGGCCCGUAUUCGCUCCCAAAUCCGGGCAAAAAUCUCCGGUCGACCCGACCCGUUUCCGGAACCGGGUGGUUCGUCUGAGGGUCCCGGACCUAUGAGCCCCAACGACCACAUCAAAGCCCUAGCCGAUCGGUUUAUGAAGGAAGGAGCCGAAGAUUUGUGGAACGAACGCGACGGUCCCGUUAAAUCACCGCCGUCGUCGACGGCGAGGUUGAGCCAGCAACGGUCAAGAUCGAUCACUGGGCCGCCGCCGCCGCCGAUUGAUUUGAGGAAGAUGAUAACUGAACGGGAUAGUAAUGUAAAUUUGAGCAAUUCGAAUGGCAAUUAUUUAAGGGCUAGGAAUUACUCUGUGCAGAGGAGGAAUCGGAGAAAUGAGAGUUCUUCGAGUGAGGACGAUAGUGAUGAUUACGACUUGGGUUCUUCUUCAAACAGAGAUUUUAUGAAACCCUUUUUACAGAGUUUUGUGGGUAACAGAGAAAGUUCGAAUUUUGCCAAAAAAGCGGAUGAUUUUUCGAUGAAUAAGAAAAUUUCUGGUAAAAAGCAGAGAAAAUUGUGGAGGGAUGGAAGUUCUUCAAGCGACGGCGAGACGGAAUCGGAUUCAGAGGAAGAGUCUGGAAAGUCUUUUGGGAAGGAUUUGAGGAAGAUGGGAAGUAGUGCUUCAUUGGGAAAGUAUGAUAUAAAGAUAAAGAAGAGAGUGCCACUAAACUCAUUCGAAGAAGAAAUUGAUUUUUCUGAGCAGGUUGAGUUGAUUAGGCAUCAACUUAGUCAGAAGAAUUUGAUUGAAAAAGAAGAAGAAAAUGGAGAAGAGGAAAAGGAAUCCAUUCUUAGUGACAAAAGAUUUGAUGAUUGUGAUAUAUCUCCAUUGACUGUCAAGGCACUCUCUUCUGCUGGCUACGUUCAUAUGACGCGAGUUCAGGAGGCUACUCUCUCUGUUCUCCUUGAAGGGAAGGAUGCUUUGGUCAAAGCUAAAACUGGCACCGGCAAAACUGCUGCUUUUUUGAUUCCUGCUAUUGAAACAGUGCUGAAAGCUUCAAAUAGCAAUAAAAUUGAACGAGUGCCACCGAUUUAUGUUCUUAUUCUCUGCCCCACAAGAGAACUUGCGAGUCAGAUAGCUGCGGAAACAAAUGUAUUGGUUAAGUACCAUGAUGGAAUAGGGGUGCAAACAUUAGUUGGAGGUACACGUUUCAAAGAUGACCAGAGACGCCUAGAAUCAAAGCCCAGCCAGAUAAUAGUUGCAACUCCUGGCAGGUUGCUGGAUCAUGUUGAGAAUAAAUCUGGAUUGUCUGUGCGAUUAAUGGGCUUAAAAAUGCUUGUACUUGAUGAAGCUAGCUACUUAUUAGACCUGGGAUUUCGGAAGGACAUUGAGACAAUUGCUGAUUGUUUACCUCGUCGGAGGCAGUCCUUGUUCUUUACUGCAACAAUCCCAAAAGAGGUGCGCCGAAUAUCACAGCUUGUUUUGAAUAGAGAACAUGCCUUUAUUGAUACUGUCGGUCUGGGUUGUGUUGAAACUCAUGAUAAGGUUAGGCAAUCCUUUCUUGUCGCGCCACAUGAAUUACAUUUUCAGAUAGUUCACCAUCUCUUGAUGAAACAUAUUUUGCUGUCACCUGAUUAUAAGGUUAUUGUUUUCUGUACAAGUGGAAUGGUCACAUCACUAGUGUAUCUUUUUCUCCGUGAAAUGAAAAUGAACGUUAAGGAGAUGCAUUCUAGAAAGCCUCAACUUUAUCGAACUCGUGUUUCUGAGGAAUUCAAGGAAUCAAAAAGGGUGAUUCUUGUUACCUCUGAUGUUUCAGCACGUGGAAUGAACUAUCCUGAUGUCACGCUGGUCAUCCAGAUGGGCAUCCCUUUUGACCGGCAACAAUAUGUAAAUCGUCUUGGAAGAACAGGACGGGAAGGAAAAGAAGGAGAAGGCAUCUUGUUGCUUGCACCAUGGGAAGAAUAUUUUCUGGAUGAAUUAAAAGACCUGCCUCUUGAAAAAUAUAUUUUGCCGAAGUUGGAAUCAGACACAAAACUCAAGAUAGAGGAUUCAAUUGCCAAGAUUGAUACUAGUGUGAAAGAAGCAGCAUACCAUGCGUGGCUCGGUUACUAUAAUUCGAUCAAGGAAAUUGGCAGGGACAAAACCGCACUAGUUGAACAGGCCAACAGAUUUUGUGAAUCAAUAGGUUUGCAAAAACCUCCUGCCCUCUUUAGGAAGACAGCAUUGAAGAUGGGUUUGAAAGAUAUACCUGGCAUAAGAAUACGGAAAUGACACUUCGUUGAGCACACGGGCAACCUGCUGAUUUUGUGUGGCCGUGGUAAAAAACGGAAUGCGACUCCUUGUCGAAGCUGUCGAAUUUUUUCUUGGAAUCCUUCAUUCUUCUUUAUGUAUAUUUCCAUUUCUGGCAGCUCGCUCUAUUUUUCAAGUUCAUUACUAGCUGGGCUUCUUAAAGGACAAGACCACUAAGGCCUACGAAAUGUAAGCCGAGCAUGAAAAUUCUCACUAAGUUAUACCAUCUCAGUGGGAAAAAGGGAAAAAAUAAAAAAAUCAUCUUCAUA